GCUGAUAUACAAAGCUGUCGCCUGGUGAGAGAGGACCGGGCGCUCCGCUGCUGAAUUAUCCCUGAGGAGCUUUAAUUAAAUUAAAACACAGAGAGAUGCUCAUUCCCCGUCUAACAGUCAGAAAAGAGGGUAAAUAAAGUUAAAAAAAAACUGUAUAUUUAGUGUUAUCUGCGGGUUGUGGCGUUUUCAGCUCAGAAAAGUGAUUUAAUUACCGUACUGCUGAAUUUAUAUGCUCAGGAAAACAACAGUAAACUAGCUAUUAGCUAACUAGCUUAGCCAACUUUUAUUUAAAACUCUUAAAUAUAGCCCUAACACAACGACUAUGCUAAAAACAGUCUUACAGCGGGUUUGUUUCUGAGCAGGCUGAAAUGAAGGCGUAUCUAAAAACUUUAUACUGGAUCUUUAAACUGCAGCCCAGGCGCACCACAGUGGGCAAACACAAGGACUCGGAUCUCUGUCUGCAGAAUGGGGGUGUGGAUGAGCUCCAUGCCACUAUUGAGUGGAAUGAGUCGGAGCACUGCUACGUUCUGACUGAUCUGAACUCUGUUCAUGGCACCUACGUUAAUGACUGUCGUAUUCACAACGCAGCGGUGCGUCUUACACCCGGAGACGAGCUCCACUUCGGCUACGGAGGCUCAGCCUACAAACUCUUACUGGAGACCUCAGACCCACUCCCUGUUCUGCCUGCCCCGUCCACUGCACCCCCAGCCCAGGCAAGGAGUCGUGCACGGUCCCCUUCUGUUACCCCUCGUCCACCAGGUAGACCACGCCCCGCGAGUGCAGGAGCUAAACGGUCCAGUCUAGGCCCAAAAGCUUCAGAGCUCUGGGGCCGAACUCACAGAGCAGGUGGCUGGACCAGCAGCACAGGGAGACGACUCUCUCCCAGAAAUAUAUCUUCAUCACAGAGCCGGCUCAGUACGCAGGACUUAAUACAGGACAAGGAUGAGAGCUGGGUGAGGCGCAGUGAGGAGUGGAGUGGUGGGGUGAUGCUGUGUGAAGGAGGAGAAGGUCAGGGGAAGGAGUGUGUGAUGGCAGCUCUGAGGGACGAGGUGUCUGCGCUCAGGCUUCAGCUCAGUCAGAGCAGUCAGAGCAUCCAGAGCGACCCGGAGAUCCGAAACAAACUCAACAGCCUGGCCAGAGACAUCCAAGAGAAAAAAGAGGAGAUCCUGCAGCUGAAGGAGCAGAUGCUGCAGAUGCAGAAGAGUUCUGGUGAGCUUGUUGCUCAGUCUGUAGCAGAGAGAGAGCAGAAGAUCAUCAGUCUGAGAGAACAGCUGGCUAACAUCAAGAGUGAAAACAGCAGAAGUACAGCGCUGGUGAACAGCCUGCAGAAAGAUCUCGUGUCUCGGGAGAAGCAGACCCUGAAGCUGGCUGCUGAGGUCGACAGACUCAGACAGGAUGUGAGAUAUAAAGAUGCCCAGCUUAGCAACAUGGCAAACAAGUUUUCACAGAUGAAAGCGAGUGAGAAGCUUCAGGAAGAUUUUCUGGCCAGAGAAAAGGAGCUGGAAUCACUCAAGAAGGCUUUAGAGAGGUUGGAGGAGACUCUGAGAGAGAAGCAGAAGGAGCUGAAGCAGCUGAACACAGAGAGAGACUCCCUCAGACACAAGCUGCAGCAGAGGAGUCAGGAGCAGACCUCACUUUACUCUGAGAUGAGCAGAAUGAAGUUGCUGCAGCAGCAAACACUGCAGAGAGAAGAGAAAGCUCAGACUGAACUGAGACACUCACAAACACAGCUCCUCAAUUUUUGCAGUCAGAUCAGCAAAUGUAUACUACUUACUUCUGAAACAGUGUCAGAACAAGAGAUGCUGGAGCGUUUGUCAGAGCUGGCAGAACAGAAGGAGGAGUUCAGAAUCAGAGUUCAGGAGCUGGAGCAGAAACUACAGGAAUGCACUGAGAACCAGAAGCUUGUGGAAGAAGACACUGAGAAACUCAAGGCCAGACUGACUGAAUGGCAGAGUCAUAUACAGAAGGAUUGCACAGUGGAUUCAAUACAGAGCCAGAUCUCUGUUCUCCAGCAUGUAAAGGUGUGCCCUGCAGUCAGCUGGAUUCAGACUCACACACUUUUAGUACUGAGCAGUCUACUCACUCACCUGCAGGACACAACCAACAGACUGCAGGCUGCAGCAGGGGUGGAGGUGUCAGAGAAGACUGGAGGAGUGCCAGGAGCCAUUCAAGCUUUGUGUCAAAAACAUCAGGAGAUCCAAGCAGAACUCAGGAGUCUAAAGGCAGAGAAGCAGCAGCUUGAAGAAAGAGAAGCUCUGGCUGGUGACCUACAGGCCAUGAGACAGGAACUACAGCAUCAGCAAUUACAGGUUGCAGAGAGACAUGCGGAGAUGGAGAACAGUGUAAUACUGCACAUGGAGAAGAUGAAGACUGAUCUAGAGUCCUCCAGAACAGCUGAAGCUGCUUUACAGUUGCAGAUGGAGACGCAGGAAAUGGAAUGGUGCAACAAACUGAAGGAAGCAGAGAAAAGAGAAAGAGAGCUGAUGAAGAGACUCAAUGAAAGACAACAGCAAGAAGAGCACUGGAGAGAGAGAAUAAAAGCAGUGGAAGAGAGAGAGGAGGAGUGGGGGAAACGAGUGCAGGAAGCCCUGCAGAGGGGAGCUGAGGAGGAGAGAGAGAGGAUCAGGGUGGAGAUUGAGGAGUACAGGGAUCAGGUGCGGCAGCAUGCGUUCACCAUCGUGGCCAUGGAGAAGCAAGUGCUCUCAGCCCAGCAGAGAGAGACAGAGGUGCAGGAGGAGAGAGAAUCCCUGAUGCAGCAGCUCACAGAGGCACUCGGCAGACUGGAGGUUGACGAACGCAAACCCAGUGUUUCAUCUGAGCCGUCUAAAGAGCUGCAGCAACUGGAACAGACAGUGACAUCUCUCAGGGCAUCACUUGAAGCAUCCCAACAGGAAGUGAUCAAGCAGGGUGAGGUCAUCACCUCUCUGAGUCGUGACCUGGCACAUGCCCAUGCUCGCCUCUCUGACCUCACAGGGGAGCUGAGUGAGCAGCAGAAGAUGGAGCUGGAGACACACAGAGCUCUAGUGGUGGACCAGAGGAUGCAGCUGAGCACUCUCACACAGAAACUAACCAUGACCUCUCAGCUGCUGGAACAGAGGGAGCAGGAACUGAAGGCACUGAGAGAGAAGCAGAGACACAUGAAGGCAGAUUUGAAGAAUAAGGCAGAAGGCCAGGAGGACAUCAAUCUCAUUCCUCUGCUCACAGACCAGCACACUAAGGAUGUGGCUGUCAUGGUUAAUCCCAGCCAUAUGACUACUCAGGGUUCAGUAGGCAGAGGUCAUCGUCAUGAAGAAAUGCUGCACCAGCAGAAGAAAACGCUCUCUGAGAUGAGAGCGAGGAUCAGAUCUGUGGAACACAAGUGUUCCAACAAGCUGUUAGGCCAGCAGGGGGAGCCAGUGAAACAGGGUCAAAUGAAGAGUCAGAAACUUCAGAGACCUGCAGUACGUAGAGGAUCCAUCAGCUCUGUGAGCGGCUUUGCCUUCCCUGAGGCUUUGAGUGAAGCAGCUCGGGAACGCACAGCGAGACUGGACAUGUCCGACACUCUGGAGCUUAGUGAGCGAAGUUACGUGGAUCUGGCGCGGGCGCUGUGUGAAGCUCUGGAGCUGAGCGAGGGGCAGCUUUCAGGGUGUGUCCCGAUGAAGCACGUCCCGCCAGCAGAGAGAACGCGGCUGGCCUCCCUCAGGCAGGACGACCUGGAGCUGUUCCGAACCCGACUGGCUCUGCAGAACAGCCAAAGCCAAAAAACACACCUGUUGCUGCAGCAGAGCCAGGCGGAGAUACACACACUGAGGGAAAGCCUAACUGGGAGUCAGGAGCUGCAGACUGAGCUGGACAGUGUUCGUGCAGAGCUGAAAGGUGGGAAGCAGGAAAACGAUGCACUCCGCCAGGCCCUUCAGCUCAUCCAGACACAGCUCCAGCACCAGCAAGACCAGCACUGCCCUAAAACUCGCAAGGCUCUGAAUGUGGAGAGAAUGGAGGGGAGGAGUGCAAGGAUUGGCCAUCAUAACUGUGUACCAAAUGACAACUAUGAUAAGGUGGCAGUGCCGAAGAGACGGCAGCAGCAGCAGCAGCAGAGAGAGAGGAGACGGAGGAGAGAGUCUGAGGUGGACGUUGUGAAGAGUGAACCUGGGCAGAAGGAGGAGGCCGCCUGUAAAGUGCUCACUCAGCCGGUCAUCGUCCUGCAGCAACAACCACCACCAACCAUGGAGCUCACUGAGGCCCACUGACCCCACACAGGUUCAGCUUCACUCAACACAUGCAGUUAAUAACUCUGUGGCUGUGAGGCCACUGCUGUUACAGCACAGACAGCUGGACCCAUCCAAGGGUCUGUCCUGUGAGCUAAUCUUAAAGUGACAGUCCCUGGCACUAUAAUGCUAAUAAUUAAGUAAUUAAGUAAUCAAUGGUCUUUGUAUAAUCUAUAUAUCUAAACCAACAUAUGUAAAGUUGUUUAAUAAUAAUAAAUAUGGAUGAUGG